UCGUGAGUCGUGACAGCCACGCUUGGGACAGGGCUUUGGCAUCUUACUAUUUCCCUUCCGCUCUCUAUUCUUUCCCUUCUGCAUGAACCAAUUCUCUGGAAAAGCGGCGCCUCGGUCUCCCACCUCAUCCUCCCUUCUCGACGCGUAAUCCGAGGAUACCUGGAGAAACAGACGAAACAACCUAAUGCCCAGAUCUCAGGCACAAGAGACCUUUUUUGAAGAAACAUAAGAGACCUUUUGAGCGAGACUGCUCAGAAGAUAAAUGCUUUUCAUAUAUUGUAUGGAUGUAAUGGUGCAUUCUUCGAGUUUCCUUCUUCCAAAACUGCAUCAACCUGCCAAGACACCAGUCAAGAACUACGCUCUAGUUGUUCUUAACCAGCAUCUUCCACGCUUCAUGCCACGCCUCUGGACUCAUGCAAAGUCAAGGAUCUGUGCCGAUGGAGGAGCUAAUCGUAUUUUUGAUGAGAUGUUUCAGAUGAUCAAUGAUCAAGACCAGGAAAGCACCAGAAAUAGGUAUGUUCCAGACAUAAUUGAGGGAGACAUGGAUUCUAUAAGGCCAGAAGUAAAAUUGUACUAUUCUAGUCAGGGAUCCAAAAUUUGUGAUAAAUCACAUAACCAAGAGACAACAGAUCUACACAAGUGUAUUUCUCGUAUCCAUCGUCAUACACCUGAUCAUGAAAAACCUAAUCUCUGUGUUCUAGUUACUGGAGCACUAGGUGGAAGGUUUGAUCACGAGGCGGCAAAUAUCAAUGUUCUCUAUGCGUUCUCGGACAUGCGGAUUGUCCUUCUAUCAGAUGAUUGCUUGAUUCGACUUCUUCCCAAAACGCAUUGCCAUGAACUCUAUAUUAAGUCAUCUGUUGAAGGGCCACAUUGUGGACUUUUCCCUGUUGGAGCACCAUCUGCAAGCACUACAACCACUGGCCUGAAGUGGAAUCUAAGUGAAGCAAAGAUGAGAUUUGGGAGUAUGAUAAGCACAUCCAACAUUGUCCAAGCGGAAAAGGUAACCGUACAGUCGGACGCAGAUCUCUUAUGGACAAUCUCUCUGCGAAACCUGACCUAAAGUGCUCCUAGUUAUCAUCUUUUUCCCUUUUCAUUCUGGCAACCCAGCUCUUGUACAGGUGUUGUUGUGUUUAAGUACUUAUGUGUCUGGUAAAUAAGUACUGUCCGGUGGUUCAUCGAUAAGUCUAUGCCACCGGAUAAAAAGUCAUGAUGUUAGAAGGAUGCCUAAAAUGUCCUUGAGCUGCUGUUGAACCAUGUGAAUAACACAAGCAAAGCAGGCAUGCAUGUUUUAA